AUGUCUUACUAUCCACCACCACCAGAUCAGGGAAAUAAUUUUUCAGUCGGUUAUUAUCCUCCACCAAAUCAAGGAUAUGGUCCAGGUCCUUAUGGAAAUGCUCCGAGUGGAGAUUAUAACAGACCAAUACCAUUUCCGAUUGAACCUCCUGGAAUGAUGUCACCUCCUACUGGAUAUCCUAUGCCAAUGCAAGGAUAUGAUCAAGGAUAUGGUAAUUUGAGUAAAAUAUUUCAAUUUGAAUUCACAGUUUUUAUUAUAAAUUGGGUUAUUUAUUGUCGAUUAUCGGUGACACUCCAUAAAGAUUUAUCACAUUCAGUUGUUUUAGCAUUGAUUCAUAUGAAAGCGGUUCGAGUAAUAACUCAAAGCGGACAACCAGGAGGUUAUGGUGGCGGUCCACCAAUAAUGAAUCAACCAGGUCCUCAACUUGGAGGAGGUACGAAUCAUAAUUAA